UUAAUCGCCUGCAACUCAUUUCUUACCAGGCCCAAACAAUCCCAGCCGCCAGUCGGUCGUUCCUGUCCCUGAUCCGCUCGCCGGCGCUCGACACUCUUCGCUAGUCCCGACGUUAUCCUUAGGGUGUUUCAUGUCAACGCUUCUUCCUUCUCCGUUUUUUAGUAAAUGGUGUCGAUCGUCGUGGGAGAAGAUUUCUAUCACAUCAUUCGGACAUUUUGCACGGAUCUAAGAAACUUUCCUCUCAUUCGGGCAUUAGGAGAUCUCUUCUGCCAAGAAUUCCACCCCCUUCACCCCGUGAGGACAAACGAGCGGCGGCCGACAUCGGAGAUUGAUAGCGUGGCAGUUCAUGCAGAAGAGCCCUUCGUAACCAGCCCGGAAGAGUGGUUCUUGAAGCGGAACAGGCAUCAAAACUAUGAAGAUGAUGGAGAUCCAAAUUUUGUUUUCGAUGUAUUGGAUUCGGUCAUUGUUGGGACCAUGGAGCGGCUGAAGAAACUCAGGUUGGGCUUUUCUUGUGUUGGCUUAUGUCAGGUUCUAGCUCUGUGUAAUGCAUGAAUUGCACCUAUCUCUUUACAUAAUCUGUUAGACUUUCUUGAACAUUUUGAGAUUUCUUCCAGGCUUAUCAUGAAUCAAUUGGG